AUGAAAUCCCCGCUGGACCCCUCAGCUCUGGAUUCUGCUAUGCACGAUUCUACUAACUCCCUCCUCUCCCCUUCCACCGCCAACGCCAUGUCCGAAAAUCCCUUUUCCCUGGACGCCGCCAACGACUCCCUGGACGCGACCUCGCCUACUCACCACAUGAUGGAUGCCCCGCAGUUUGGUGACUUCAACUUCGCCCACUAUGACCUCCAAGACACCACCGGCAUGGUAUCCUUGGAGGACGCCAGCUUCGAGGACCACGGCUCCGAUCAGUUCUCCCCCGGAUUCCAAACACCUCGAGAACGACCACGAUCCCGCCCCUCUGGCAUGUCCUUCUCCGCUGCUGCCGCUGACUCUGCCGCUGGCCGAUCUAGCGUGAACCUAGAAGACGACGAGGACGACAACAUGCAUGAUCGAGGCUCUCCAGGGGCGCACUCCCUCGAAGAGUCGGUUGCUGACGAGUUUGGUCUUCCCAUCACCGGAAGACACGAGCUCGCCGAUGCCGCUUCCAGGUCCAAGGACGACAAGGGUGAUACCGUCCCCGCUUGGAGCGAACUCAAGACCAAGGCUGGAAAGGAGCGCAAGAGGCUCCCUCUUGCCUGCAUCGCCUGCCGCAGGAAGAAGAUUCGGUGCUCUGGUGAGAAGCCUGCGUGUAAGCACUGCCUCCGCUCGCGGAUACCCUGUGUCUACAAGGUCACCACCCGCAAGGCCGCCCCCAGGACGGAUUACAUGGCGAUGCUUGAUAAGAGGCUCAAGCGCAUGGAGGAGAGGAUCAUCCGCAUCGUCCCCAAACCCGAACAAGAAACCGUCUCCUCUGCCGUCACUCGCGCGAUAGUAAAGCCCGCCAUUCCCGGAUCCUUACCCGCUGCCAAGAACCCAUCCGCGAAGAAGCGCGGUGCCGAUGAAGCGUUCGGCCCUGAUCUUGAUAAGUGGUCCCGGAACGCCAACAAGCCCAAGGCAGAUGGCUCUACCGGGUCCGCCAAGCCCACCCCCUUGCAAAUGCAAGAGACCGAAGAGAACAAGCUCUAUAGCCGGCACCCUUCCCCCGUCCUCGUCCUUUCCGUGUGUGCCAUCUCCGCCCGUUUCUCUACCCAUCCUAAGCUCAACACCACACCCAACUUCCUUCGAGGCGAGGAGUGGGCCUCUCGCGCGAGAGACAUCUGCGUCGAGCGCUACGAGUGGCCCAACAUCACCAUCCUCACCUGCCUCAUGAUCCUCGGCCUCCACGAGUUCGGCACCUGUCACGGUGGUCGCAGCUGGGCCCUGGGCGGCCAGGCGAUCAGAAUGGCCUUUGCCCUCCAGCUUCACAAGGACCUCGAGCACGACCCUCUGCGUUUCGGUGGCCAGUCGGAGCUCAGCUUUGUCGACCGCGAGAUCCGACGUCGAACCAUGUGGGCGUGUUUCCUCAUGGACCGGCUCAACUCGUCAGGAACGGAUCGACCCAUGUUUGUUAGGGAAGAGACGCUCCAAAUCCCCCUCCCCGUCAAAGAGCAGUACUUCCAGCUUGAUAUGCCUGCUGCGACCGAAACCCUCUCCGGCGAGGUCGUGCACCCAAUGGGUGGCACCGAAGAUACGUUGGGGGACCCCAAGAAGAAUCUCGGCGUGGCCGCCUACAUGGUCCGUACCAUCGCCCUGUGGGGUAGGAUCAUCAACUAUCUCAACCAAGGAGGAAAGGACCAGGAUCCCCGCUCCUUCUGGAACCCCGAUUCAGAGUAUGCCCAGCUCACGCAACAGGCGGACGACAUGCUCGAAAUCCUGCCCGAGUCGCUCAAGUACUCGCCCGACAACCUGCAGCUCCACAGCACCGAAAACAUGGCCAACCAGUUCCUUUUCCUCCACAUCGCCAUCCAACAGAAUAUCCUCUUCAUGAACCGUGUGGCCGUGGCAUCACCCCGGCUACCGGCAAGGCCGAGCACGAUCCACAUUCUCGGCAUCUUCUCCGGGAACCCCGGGAUGGAGGCCACCUCCAAGAGGAACCUGGCCACCAAUGUGAAAUUCCUUUCCAAGAUGAAGAGGUACUGGGGCAUGUUCCACUGGAUGUCGGAGAACCUUCGUGAGCAGUACAGGACGUAUGCGGACGCGGCCCGCCAAGGCAGCAACACGAGCGACAACUCGACGGCAUCUCCCAUCUUCCAAUACGGCGACUGGUUUGACCGAUAUCCGCACGGCGUGUCGCAGUGCGACUUUGUCGAUCCCGCUUCGUACAAGAAGCGAGACAAGGGCGAGGAAGCCGUCCUGGAACAGAAGCCCGAACUCCACACAGUCGAAGAGUUCUUCACCAAGCUCUCUCCUGCCCAGGGCUCGGAAGCGGGCUCGAACGGCGGAAAGGGUGGCCCCGCGAAGAAGAAGGCGCUGGCGAAGAAGGGCUCUGUGAGCGGCCCACGGACCGAGCAACAGCAACAGCAGCAGCAACAGCAGCACGCCGAGGCCUUUAUGAAUGAGCUCCAGAACCGUGCGGCGGCUUCCGAUCCUCUUGGUGCCCGCCUGCAGCACCAGCGCAGCUUCUCUGGAGCUCUCGGCGGACAGACAAGCGGCCCUGCCGGAUUCAACCCCUCAACAUCCCGCCUUCCCAAGCCUCGGGCUACCAUGCCCUUUCUCCUGUCAGCCCUGCGAUGA